AUGAAGAAGAACAACAGAAACAGUACUAGGUUUAAACAGAUGAUAAUGGUGGUGUGGGUGAUGAUGAUGGGAAACAUGGUGUUUGUUGUGAAAUCAUGGCCAUGGCUACCUCAACCAUUUAAGAAGUACCAUGUGAACAUCACCAAUCAACUCGCCAACAACAAAGUAUUAGACGUGCACUGUAAAUCCGCCGACGACGAUCUUCAUCCGCACUCGCUCGCCGGCGGCCGGAGCUACCAGUUCGGCUUCCGCAUUAACUACGUCACGACAACGCUCUUCUGGUGCAACUUCUGGUACGACAAUUACCGUCACCAUGCCGUUUUCAAUGUGUUUGAUGCUGAAGCCAAGUUCGUUUAUCUACAGUGCAGAGAUUACUGGUGCAAUUGGGAAUCAAGAGAUGAUGGAUUUUAUUUGUUUGAUGGCGAAACCAAAUCUUUCAAGUUAACACACAAAUGGGAUGAAAAACAUAUAUAA